UAUAAAUUUGAAAAACAGUGUAUUCUUUUUGUGUUUAUGUUGUGUUCUAAGAUGACAACAACAUUUUGGAUUUUUUUCUUUCCUUUUCUUUUGAUCAAACACAAAGCCAUUUCAGGUCGAGAGAGUUCAGCGUCGGUUUCAUCGAUUCUGAUCUUUGGCGAUUCGACAGCGGACCCCGGGAACAAUAACUACAUCUACACUCCGUUUAAGAGCGAUUUCUCCCCUUAUGGAAGAGAUUUCUUUAACCACUCAGCAACAGGAAGGUUUACUAAUGGUCGCCUUGCUAAUGAUUUUAUUGCUAAGUACAUUGGAUUGAAAGAGAUGGUGCCUGCAUAUCUUGAUCCCUCUCUCACCAUUGAUGAACUGAUUAGUGGAGUCAGUUUUGCUUCUGCUGGAUCAGGAUUUGAUCCUCUUACUCCAUCCAUAAGCAAUGUGAUCCCCCUGUCGGAUCAGCUGAGCCACCUGAAAGAAUACCGACAAAAAGUGGAGGCCGUAGUCGGGGAGGCGAAGGCGAAGGAGGUGCUAAGCAACGCCCUUUUCCUAGUAAGCGCAGGCACAAACGACUUCGUCGUCAACUACUUCACCUUACCCAUUCGAAGAAGAAGUUACACAAUCCCAAGAUACAUAGAUUUCGUCAGCAACGGAGCUACUCAGUUUUUGCAGGAAUUAUUGGAUGAAGGAGCUCGAAGGAUCGGAGUGGUGGGGCUGCCGCCGAUGGGUUGUCUACCGUUGGUGAUAACCCUCUUCACCAAUCACCCCAUCCUUGACCGCGGCUGCAACGAAAAAUUCUCCUCCGUAGCUCGAGACUAUAACAAGAUUCUGCGGAAGGAGCUGGAUGCGUUGCAAGUUCGUGUGCGAUCCUCGGGAGCUAGAAUUGCUUAUUUGGAUGCUUAUACUCCACUCGAGGAGAUGAUUAUAGGCCAUAAAUACGGUUUUGACGUGGUAAACAGUGGAUGUUGUGGGACGGGCAUGGUGGAAGCAGCCUUUUUGUGCAACCGAAAUUCUCCAGUUUGCGAUGAUGCAUCCAAAUAUGUGUUUUGGGAUUCGAUUCAUCCUACUCAAAAAUCCUACCACCUUGUCUUUCAAUCCUUUCGCCCCGCACUCGAUUAUCUAGUUGGAAAUUAGUUGACACAAUUACACGAUACACCACUGGAACGGGCUGAUGAUGCUGUAAUUAUAUCGAUCAUUGCCUUCGGUGCUUGUCAUCUAGACUUUUUCUACACAAA